CAUGAAUCAUACACUUCACUUCUGUUUGCAAUCGUUCAAUGUAACUCAGUUCAGAGUCCAAAUGACUGAUCACCUCACAUUUGUUCUCAUGUCUCCACAGGAGCAACAAGUUGAUGAUCAUCGCACCUUAGCGGGAAUAUCAGCAAACAACAGCGGAGAAGGAGAUGAAGUUUCGAUUUGGGCUCAGGAUCUCUUUGGUCCUGACCAUACUGGCUCUGACUCUGUACGGAGGCGGCGUUGAAGGACAAAGGGCAGGUUGCAAGAACGUCCACUAUGAUCUGGUAUUCAUUUUGGACACCUCUUCCAGUGUGGGCAAGGAAAACUUUGAGAAGAUCCGGCAGUGGGUGGCAAACCUGGUGGAAUCUUUUGACGUAGGUGCGGAGAAGACGCGUGUAGCCGUGGUUCGUUACAGCGACCGUCCUACCACCGAAUUCAACCUGGGCAGGUACAAAACCCUCGGAGAGGUCAAGCGUGCUGCUGGGAACAUUCGCUACCUGGGUGGGAACACCAAAACUGGAGAUGCCAUCAGCUUUACCACCAACAGCAUCUUCACAGAAAGGGCAGGGGCGAGGCCUGCCAGUAAGGGCAUUCAAAAAGUGGCAAUCUUACUAACGGAUGGCAGGAGUCAGGAUUUUGUUUUGGAGCCAUCAAUUGCUGCAGCGGCUGCUGGUAUCAGGUUGUUCGCCGUAGGGAUUGGGGAAGCACUGAGAGAGGAGCUGGAGGAGAUUGCGGCAGAACCCAAAAGUGCUCAUAUGUUCCAUGUGACGGACUUUGACGCCAUUGACAAGAUCAGGGGCAGGUUGAGGAGGAGACUCUGCGAGAAUGUCCUUUGUCCAAACAUGAAAGUCCAGGUGGGCCGUUUCCGGCCGAACAGCACCAGUGCUGGACUGACGGAGGUCCCAGGAUUUGAUUUGAUGGAGUACUUCAAUGUAAGAGAUUUUCUUGGAGAAAAAUUUGAGCCAGGUCAGACCCCCUAUGUCAGGCUCGGUACAAUGCCCAUCGUCCAACAAACAGAAGAUGUGUUACCUCAGGGUCUGCCUGAUGAAUAUGCCUUUGUGACCACAUUUAAGUUCAGGAAGACCUCUCGUAAAGAAGACUGGUACCUGUGGCAGGUCUAUGACAAAUACGGCAUCCCGCAGGUCUCCAUCCGUCUGGACGGGGAGAACAAGGCGGUGGAGUACAACGCCGUGGGCCUGACAAAGGAUGCGGUCCGGGCCGUGUUUAAGAACCCAGAGGUGGAGAAUCUGUUUGACCGUGACUGGCAUAAGAUCGGCAUGAGGGUGGACUCCAAGUCUGUGUCCCUGUUCCUGGACUGCAAGCACAUUGAGACGCUGCCCAUAGAGGAAAGAGAAGACAUCGACAUCCAGGGAAAGACUGUCAUCGGCAAGAGACUCUAUGACAGCGUUCCCAUUGAUUUUGACCUCCAGAGGAUGGUGAUCUACUGUGAUGGCAAACAGUCUGAGCAAGAGACGUGUUGCGAUAUUCCUGGUGGCCCAUGUGAACAGUCUCUGGUGACUGAGCCCCCCCCACUCCCACUGCCCACCCCAAAACCAACAAGCGCUGAGCAGAAGAAACCAGCCGCGGUCAACUGCUCCUGUCCUGCAGGGGAAAGGGGAGAGACAGGUCUACCAGGUGUCGCGGGGCCCAAGGGUGAAAAGGGGGAUCCUGGUCUUAAAGGGGCAGAAGGACCGCCAGGACCCAAAGGGCAGAAAGGAGAGCGUGCUAUCUCUAUCAAAGGUGAUAGAGGAGAGAAGGGGGACAGCGGCGAUCGCGGUGAACCUGGAGCCAGAGGAGAAAGAGGAGAUAGAGGAUCGGACGGUUUACCUGGUCUGGCUGGGAAAAAAGGCGAUACAGGAGAGAGAGGUGAUCAAGGAGUUGCAGGUGAUGCUGGGUUACCUGGACCUCUCGGACCAAAGGGUAUCCAAGGUGAUGCUGGUCCAUCCGGAGCACCGGGUCUUCAAGGGGUGUCUGGUGUUACUGGAGGUAAAGGAGACAAAGGAGCUUCCGGAGAAAGGGGUGAACCAGGUUUAGAUGGGUUUCCAGGGAAACCAGGUCUUCCAGGAAAAGACGGUCAUAGGGGGCUGAUUGGUGCUCCUGGUCCAAAUGGAAUACAAGGAGAAAAGGGUGAACGAGGUCCUGCUGGAUUACCUGGCGAUGCGGUUCAGCUGGCAGGACUCAAGGGGGAGACUGGCAUCCCUGGUGAACGAGGACCCUUGGGAGCGGACGGCCCACCUGGACCUCCUGGCCCACCUGGACCUCCAGGUUUGCCCGGUGAGCCGGGUGAGAAUGGACAAAGGGGUAAAAAGGGUGAUGCAGGAUUGCCAGGAGUUGAUGGUCUUCCAGGACCACCUGGUCCUCAGGGGCCUUCUGGCCCUCUAGGCAGCCCUGGACAAACAGGACCUCCAGGAUUACCUGGUGAAAUAGGCUUCUCAGGAAAACCAGGAGAACCAGGAAAACUAGGCCUGCCAGGAAAAGAUGGAUUGGAUGGUUUCCCUGGAAACAACGGCGAGAAGGGCCAAAGAGGAGAACCCGGACAGGACGGCUUCCCUGGUAAACCCGGACCGAAGGGAGACGAAGGCCCUCCAGGACCACGAGGACCUCCUGGUGAACGGGGAGAGCCUGGUUUGCCUGGAGAGGUCGGCACAAUAGGACCCAUAGGAGAGAGAGGAGGCCAAGGAGAGAGAGGAAAAGAUGGACCUACUGGCUCGAAAGGAGAGAAAGGAGACAAGGGUGAGAUUGGCCCCAGGGGUCCAGCCGGGGUCCCAGGCAAUGUGGCCAAUGUGAUUCCUGAACCUGGUGAACCGGGUAAGCCAGGAGAGAAGGGAGAGAAAGGAGAUCAAGGAAAACCAGGCGAGAUGGGUCAAAGAGGACUUCCUGGAGAGCAGGGAUUCAGAGGACAACCGGGACCUGCGGGCCCUAACGGUGAUGCUGGUGAAAAAGGAGAGGCAGGGAGACACGGAGACCCAGGUCCUCCCGGAUUGAUGGGCCCUCAGGGGCCCCGAGGGCUGCCAGGCAAUGUGGGUAUUCCAGGUAGCAUCGGUCCACCUGGUAUUGCUGGACAGAGAGGAGAGAAGGGAGAUGCUGGUAAAUAUGGUCCCCCUGGACCCCCUGGUCCAACUGGUGAGCCUGGUUUAAGAGGAGAAAUUGGUUUGCCAGGAAAAGGCAAAGAGGGACCAAAGGGUGAUUCUGGACCUCCGGGUCCAUCAGGACCUCCCGGACUGAAGGGUUUACCUGGUCCACAGGGAAUGCAGGGGAUGCCAGGAAAUAGAGGACCACCGGGAGAGGGAACCACUGGACCCGAUGGGCCUCCUGGACCUGCAGGGCCACAAGGACCAGCGGGUUUGAGAGGACCUCCAGGAGUGAGCGGACCACAAGGACCCGCUGGACACAAUGGUUUACCAGGAAGACCUGGAGAGAAGGGCUCCCCUGGAGAUCCAGGAAAAGCUGCAGACAUUUCUGAUCUGAUCCUGAAGAACAUUUGUUCAGAUUGUCCCCCUGGACCAGCUGGACAACCGGGUAUGCCAGGACCUCCAGGUGAAAAAGGUCAUACUGGACCACCUGGGAAAAACGGACAGGAUGGAUAUGCGGGUCCUCCUGGGCCAACAGGGCCUGCAGGACCACCUGGUGCUGAUGGAGCCAAGGGGGUCAAAGGAGACAGAGGUCCUUCAGGAGCACCUGGAGAUAAAGGUGAAAAGGGCCCCCCAGGACCUCCUGGUUAUCCAGGGGCCGCAGGAGCUAUGGGUCAGCCUGGUAAUGAUGGAAACCCUGGACCUAUUGGACCACCUGGAGCUCCUGGAGAAAAGGGUAAAGAAGGACUUCAGGGUAUUCAGGGACCACCUGGUCUUCCAGGUCUAAUGGGCCUGAUGGGUAAACCUGGAAAGGAUGGAAGACCAGGAGAAACAGGAGAGCCGGGCAAACAGGGAGAGCCAGGACUACCAGGAAGAGACGGGCUCAGAGGAAUGCCUGGUUUCAAAGGUCACAGAGGGGAACCAGGACCACCAGGGUCAAAGGGAGAAGAUGGCAAACAGGGUGUUCCUGGACGCGAGGGUCCACCUGGGAAAGAUGGUAAAACCGGACCACUGGGGCCAGAGGGCAUGAGAGGACCACGAGGGGAACCCGGUCAGCCUGGAGAACCUGGACAAGCAGGCAAGCCUGGAUCUCAAGGAAAUUCUGGUAAAGAAGGACUUCAGGGUAUUCAGGGACCACCUGGUCUUCCAGGUCUAAUGGGCCUGAUGGGUAAACCUGGAAAGGAUGGAAGACCAGGAGAAACAGGAGAGCCGGGCAAACAGGGAGAGCCAGGACUACCAGGAAGAGACGGGCUCAGAGGAAUGCCUGGUUUCAAAGGUCACAGAGGGGAACCAGGACCACCAGGGUCAAAGGGAGAAGAUGGCAAACAGGGUGUUCCUGGACGCGAGGGUCCACCUGGGAAAGAUGGUAAAACCGGACCACUGGGGCCAGAGGGCAUGAGAGGACCACGAGGGGAACCCGGUCAGCCUGGAGAACCUGGACAAGCAGGCAAGCCUGGAUCUCAAGGAAAUUCU